UUCUCAAUUUUUUCUCUCUAUCCCAAAAAAAAAAAAAGUCACCCAUUCAUCGUUCCGUUCUCCCCAGAUUUUCUCCAUCAGAAGAUUCUCUCUCUCUUCCUCCGAUCUUUGUUUGAUUGUCAAUUUCAAGUCUCAGUAAUUUCGCAAGUUUCGAUUUCUUAUUCGUCGCCGGAUUUCUUUUUCAAUUUGGUCUGAGUUCCAUUUUCCGUUGAUAAGUGGCGCAAGUUUUCCGGCGGCGAUGAUGUGAAUUGGAGUAUUGUGUUAUGGCUAACAAAGACACAGAAUCUCCGAAUCCUCAGGUCCAGCAGCAGCAGCAUCAACAUGGUGAAGCCCGUGAACUUCCUCCUCCUCCUCCUCAGUCUGGAGCCCCGGAUGCACGUAACCGAGGCGCUGGCAACGCGGUAUUCAAGAGCGGACCGCUAUUUAUAUCAUCAAAAGGGAUUGGAUGGACAUCAUGGAAGAAAAGAUGGUUCAUUUUGACGCGUACUUCACUUGUUUUCUUUCGAAGUGACCCAAGUGCUGUUCCACAGAAAGGCACUGAGGUCAAUUUAACUCUUGGUGGAAUUGACCUCAACAAUUCAGGCAGUGUGGUUGUUAAGGCGGAUAAAAAGCUGUUGACUGUUCUCUUUCCUGAUGGACGCGAUGGACGUGCCUUUACACUCAAGGCCGAAACUAACGAGGAUUUAUAUGAGUGGAAAACUGCUCUGGAAAAUGCUCUGGCUCUAGCACCUAGUGCUUCGCAUGUGAUGGGUCAGAAUGGCAUUUUGAGGAAUGAUGAUGGAGAAGCAACCCCAAAUGGUUCUGAAGAAAACAGAAAUGAUCAGUCACCUACAAAAUCGAUGGUGCUUGGCAGACCGAUAUUACUUGCUCUAGAAGAUGUUGAUGGAACUCCAUCUUUCUUGGAAAAGGCUCUUAGGUUUGUUGAAGAUCAUGGUGUCAAGGUAGAAGGUAUCUUGAGACAAGCUGCUGAUGUCGAUGACGUUGAACACCGGAUUCGCGAAUAUGAGCUAGGAAAAAAUGUUUUCUUACCAGGGGAGGAUGCACAUGUAGUUGCUGAUUGUGUUAAGUAUUUUCUCAGGGAGUUGCCUUCAUCUCCGGUACCUGCAUCUUGUUGCAAUGCCCUUCUGGAAGCUUGCCGUACUGAAUCUAACAAUAGACUCAAUGCAAUGCGCUCUGCAAUUUGUGAAACAUUCCCUGAACCAAACCGGCGUCUAUUGCAGAGAAUUCUGAUGAUGAUGCAGACUGUGUCUUCUCAUAAAAAUGUAAACCGAAUGAGUACUGCAGCAGUUGCAGCUUGUAUGGCACCCUUACUUCUGCGACCUCUUCUGGCUGGCGACUGUGAGAUAGAAAAUGAUUUUGAUGUUGGUGGCGAUGGUUCUAUGCAACUUCUGCAAGCAGCUGCUGCAGCCAAUCAUGCACAAGCCAUCGUUAUAACUUUACUAGAAGAAUAUGAUAGCAUUUUCGGAGAAGGUUCCUUGUCAGCCGACUUGUACUCUGACUCAGAAGAGAGUGGAAGUGGGACAGAGGGGGAAACGGAUGAUGAAGAGUAUGAUGAUGAUGAUGCAUCACAAAGAUCUUACAACACAAAUGUCGAUGAUAAUGAUUAUCACGAUGAUGAUGAAGAAGACGACGACGAUGAUGAUGAUAGUGCAUCUUAUAGUUCACACGGCGAGAGUGCCACCUCAACUGUCGAUGAUGUAGAUGACAGAGGUACAAAGGGCCACAACAAGAUAUCUGUUGAUUUAAGCUUGGAACCCAGAACACCCGAAGAAAGUAGCAAGCCAAAAGUUACUAAGAAGCUUUUAUCUGAUGGUAGGCGCUCUUCACUAACCCACCGUAACGAUGCAAAAAAGAAUGAGAAUAUCUUGGUUAAAAGUGGCGAUAGUUCAGAGAAGUCUGCAGAAGAUGUCUCAACAAAUUUCGAUAAGAAUUCAGCAACUUCAGGUUCUGCAUCAUGGGUCCAGAAACAACCUACUUUAACUAAUGCAACAGGGGGGAGCAGAAGGCUCUGGGGACGUACUCCUGGAAAGAAGAACCUUUCAAUGGAAUCUAUUGAUUUUUCAGUUGAAGAGGAGGAAGAUGCUGAAAUCGAGAGACUUGAGUCAGCCAAAUUGGAGCUGCAAAACAGAAUUUCAGAAGAGGUUAAAAGCAAUGCAGUUCUACAGGCUAGUUUGGACCGGCGAAAGAAGGCCUUGUACGGGCGCCGUCUAGCUUUAGAAAAGGAUGUGGAAAGACUGCAAGAGAAAUUGCAACGAGAGAGAGACAAGAAGACUGCUCUAGAAGCAGGACUUAACAUGCCGAAAGGAAACCUACAUAUCCCAGACACUAUCGACGAAAAGUUGACGAAAGAUUUGCAAGAUGUAGCCCAGGCAGAGAUCGAUAUUGCCAAGUUGGAACAGCAGGUUGACAAUCUUGAAAAUAAACUCGGUGAGCAGACGCGGGAAAGCUCCGGUUCCACGCACGGUGCAAAAAUGAAGGACAAAGAAAUGGAUACCCAAACAAGCACUUCUCAUGUUUUAGAUAGGUCACCGCUACAGGAUGCUUAUAGAGAAAGCGAGAUGGAGAGGUCGCAGGAGCUAGCCUCUUCACAAAGUAGAAGCUCAAAACCGAGCCAGCAACAAGAAACAACGUCACGUACGAGCUCCAAAUUGGCCGGCAUGUCUAAGAAAUCCGGAAUUAAGGGAGAGGGAUCCACAACUUCCGCGCUUUCAAAGUUGACGACACGGCUCAACUUCCUCAAGGAGAGACGAAGUCAGAUCGCGAAUGAGCUCCAAAACAUGGACAAAGCUCGAAGUAGCAGCAGCAGCAGCUCCCACAGGCAAGCUUUUGUGUCGGAUAACCCCGAGAGAACAUCGAACCAGGAAUCGGAUGUUAACCGACUCCCGAGCCCUCAUGUUCUCGACCGUGGAAGAUCCGAGAGCAGCUUGUCAUAUAGCGGAGACAGAGACAAGGGCAGGGGAUCAGGAAGCAGUUCCAGCAACAACACUACCUCCAGAACGUUCUCUAGAUGAUACUCGUAGCCCUUAUCACAUCUCCUUCAGCCCUUUUCUCUCUCUACAUUUGCUCAUUCCAAAGCUUUCGGAAAGAGAGAUACCGAUACGAAAUCAACAGAGGCAACCCAGUUGUACAGAGGCCAAUAACUCUCGAGGUAAGUUAUCUGUGAUUAUUGCUGACGCUUUUGGAGGUGUUGCUUUGAUAGAUUUCAUACUAGUUGUAGUGAAACUGAUUGCAAAGUGUAUUAUUUAACUACAAACGGUUGAAUUAUUGAAACAUGUUUUUUAAAAUCAUAUAAUUUUUCUCGGAGAAAUAUAGUCGAACCUUUUGCCACGGUGAACUUUCAAAUUAUUAAAAAAAAAUUACAUAAUUUUUUUUUUAUAUACGGUAUUCAUCUUCGUUGAAUGUGAUUACAAAAUGUCAAAU